AUGGUCUGGCAAGCCUAUUGGAUAGUCUUGGGCAAGUCACACUCACUUGAAGUUCAUGCCCCGCCUGGCACACCUGUAGGAUAUAUUAAACAGACCUGGAGUCCCUGUUUACCUAAAUUCACUAUCCAGAAUGCAGCCCGUGAAGAUGUACUUAAAAUUGUUGGACCCUGCAUAGUAUGCAGCUGUUGUUCAGAUAUUGAUUUUGAAGUGAUGUCAAAGGAUGAGAAGAACACAGUCGGAAAAAUCUCUAAGCAGUGGACUGGUUUCGUAAGGGAGGCAUUUACAGAUGCUGACAAUUUUGGCAUCCAGUUCCCACAGGACCUUGAUGUCAAAAUGAAAGCUGUCAUGCUUGGGGCUUGCUUCCUCAUUGACUUCAUGUUUUUUGAACAUGGACAAGAUCGUAACCAGAGAGCUGGCGUCUGGUAACAUGUGGCCUGUACACUGCUUCAGAGGAAAACACUGUGUUAAUUCUGUCCUUGCUUAUCGUAAAUGAAGAUUCUGAUAGUUUUUUUUUUUCAUUUUAAAAAUUGGUAAUGUGGCUACAUCUUUUGCACCUGUAGCAUUUAUUUAUGAAAGCUGCUCUAUACUUGUUUAUAUAACUAUUUUUAUAUGUCCAGUGUAUUCAUAAUAAGAUGGAUCCUUCCUCUUCCAUAUGCAGCGCCAUGGAGCCAUUCCACAUAUUGAAAAAUAUUGUGCCUUGUGACUUUAAAACCAAAGGUUAUGUCUGUGUUUUAUAUGUACAUAUAACAUAAACUUUUAUGAUAUUGCCUCCAGCAGUUUAUUGGAAUCAAAUAGCACCUUACUCUACAGUGCAUAUGGUGUGCAUACAUCUAUAAGGCUCUUUAUCUCUUUCUCUACCUCAUGCAUGCAUGCACACACACACACACAAGUAAAAAUAUUAAACUGAGGGAAAUUGCAGUGACAAUUGUAUGGAGACAUAUAUAGCAGGAGUGUUUAUAAUUAUAUGGCAUUGGCAUUUUUGUCAGUAUGGGAAAGACAUCUUGAAGUCUUGCUCUUACCACAAACUCUGGUGGGAAGGCUUUUAGUUAUUUUUCCUUCAACUUAAAUGAGAGAGGUAGCUCCUCCCCACUAUUUCCAUCCUCUUUCACAUAUUGAGUGAUUUUAUUCAUUUGAGAAUUAAAAACACUUUUUCUAGGA